AUGACGAGUCAGUUUAAGUUUCCUUCAGAAACCGACUUAACACUCAGUGUUGAAAUGGGUGAAAUUGAAGAAGCAUCCAGGCGAUGGGCAGAGGAAAAAUCAAAACGAGUGGCGGUUCUAUCUGGCGACUCGCUGUCAUGUCGUAUCUGUAAUGAAACUAUAUAUAUGGAUGAGAUUGAAACGGUGAAAAAUAGAAAGUGGUGUUGGCCAUUUGAAUAUUGCAGCGAAUCGAUUCAUUACGGUUGCGCUAUUCCACGUGUCCGAAAAAUGGUGCGAUGUUCCGCAUGUGGCUAUGAAAAUUUCCUCCACAAGGAUUCCCUUCGUGUUCGUGCGCUUAAUUAUAUCCGAGGGCAUAGUUUGUUUCUUGCGAUACCAGCAGUUCUUUUAUUUUUUAUUAUUAUACUGUUAGUAUGUAACCAUCAACUGGUUAACCCACAGAUAACGCAAGCCAUCAAACUCGCUAUAAUCGCAUUAAUUAUUCUACUACUGAUAAGUGUUGUUAUUCUUAUCAUAAAUUUGUUGUGUUAUACUGGAAAAAUCAAGAAACCAGGUUUCCUAAAGCGAAGUGGUUUAGCAAAUAUUUCGAAUAUAAAUGAACCCAAUAUUGUGAAUCAACGAACAGAUGAAAUAGAAAUAGUACCAAUUACUUCAAAUAGAAUCUAUCAACAGCCUUUUGACCAGACUACUAUAACAACUGGAUCUAAUUUGGAAACUGACCGUUGUUUAGCAGCGAGCACUCCAAUGAGUAUUCCGAAGGCAUCUUGUAGCACGAAGUAA